UAGCCGGUAGAGCGUUUUCGGGACCCCCCACGCAGGCCUUCUCUUGUGUCUGACUGUGCGGUUCUGGGCAGUGCUCGACUUCCGGAUCAGGUUUCGUACGGUCCGCUUUGUAAUAUUGUGAUAACAGGAAGGCCAGCCACUAUGGCGUCUUUGCUCCGCCGUUUGGCCCGCCCGGCCGUUCUGUUACCUGUAGGCGUUCCACUUGGCCUCUACACCUUCGCCAAACUCAACCCUGACGCGGCAACAGCUUACUACAAGCGCGCCUUCGCCUGGGGCUGCGCCAGAUCCAUGGACUUCAGCGAGAAGAAGCUAACAGAACUGAAGCAGGACGUCUUUGCUGGUCUUAGGGAACAGGGCACGGGUGCUUUACAAGUUUUGGAGAUCGGGGUUGGAGGUGGAAACAACUUUAGAUACUAUCCUCCGGGAACCUCCGUCAUCGCCGUGGACCCAAACCCUCACUUUGACCAGUACCUGAAAGAAAACUCGGACAAGUACCCAGAUGUCAAGGUGACGAAGUUCAUAGUUGCGGGUGCAGAGGACAUGUCUGGCGUGGCGGAGGGAUCUGUAGACGCUGUGGUGUGUACUUUGGUCCUGUGCUCCGUCCAAGACAUGGACGCCUCAAUCCGAGAGGUCAAGAGAGUUCUCAAACCGGGCGGAAAGUUCUACUACCUGGAGCACGUCCGCCACCCGACCAAUGGGCGGGCACAGUUCAUGCAGGACCUCCUCACGCCCGUGUUCCGGGUUCUGUCCGACGGCUGCCACGUCAACAGGGAGACCUGGAAACACCUGGAGGGUGCCGGGUUCACAGAGGUCAAGUACAGGAUAGAGGGGAACCUCAGGCCCAAGUUCAUGACGCAGAUUCUGUACGGCACGGCUACCAAAUAAAUAUCAAAAAUAGAAUUGUUUAAACAUAUUAUGACAUCCAAGCACUACGAUGUAAAUGAAAAACUAUGUAAAUUUGUCCAUACAUGUUUUAACAAGAAUUCGGAGAUCUCAAACCUCCA